UUAUGUAUCAUUUUGUGUUGGAAGAAGCCAUUCAGUAUUUUUAAUGUAUUUUGUUGGCAUAAUGUAAUAAGUCUGUUUCCAUUAUCAUUUGUUACUUCUUCCCCGAAUCUUCCUACUAUCUGUUCGUCUAUUUUCUUGCCUGUUCUUGCAUUUAGGUCUCCUAGGAUAAUUACCUCUCUUGAGGUGCCUACUUUAGAAAUUUCUUCGGACAAACAUUCAAAAUAGUCAUCUUUGUUACUUACUGUGUCGUCUUCAUUUACCCCAUAUGUUCCUAUGACUGUCGUUUUGUUUCCGCAAAUAGCUAUAUUUAUUUUGAUAAUUCGUUGAUUGACUGCUUCCCAUGAUGACACGUAUUUUCUUAAACUUUUCUUAAUUAAUAUAGAUACUCCUUUCUGAGCUCGUUUGUCCUUAGAUAUUCCCGAAUAGAAGUGAUCAUAAUGACCCAAAUUUUCUGAACCUUGUCCUUUCUUCUUUGUUUCCGUUAGCACCACUAUAUCCAUAUUUAGUUGUCUUAUUUCUCGUAGAACCUCAUUGAUUUUGGUGGAGAGGCCUUGUACGUUCCAUGUUCCUAAAUUCAUUUUCCGUUUCCGUUGCUUUGGUCUUCUUAAUUUUUUACUUUUCCUAUUCCGAGGCUUUUGACUGGGAUUUUUAACCUUUAUUCGUUUUUACGAGUAUCGAGGGGUUGGCCCGACGCCUCAACCCCCAACCCCCAACCCUGGAGGACCAGGGUUUUAAAUCGGAGUGCCUUCUCCUAGAUAAAUUGCUUUCUCUGCAGCUAAUGAGUUUUAUCUACCCACUUUCCUCUUUUAUUAACCCUAGAAGCAAGGGUUGCCACUUGCGCCGGAUCCGCCGAGCUGAAGUUCUUCUUCUUCGCCUUCUCCGCCGGUGUGGUCUUCACCCGUAUCCCUGGGUAGGGGAUUGCGUUAUACCCCGCAACAUUGGGUCCCCAGUAGAACUUAGCCACCGACUCUUUUGAGUCGGGCUCACGCCCGCGACUUGGACACGCCUGCUGAGAUUUGCCUAAGUGAGGUCAGAGACGACAGCUCUGGGUCUCCUUAAGCCGGGUUAAUGCUCAUAUAUGGUGCUAUGAGCAAAGGCUAGCGAACAUUUGUCAGGUUAAAUUUGCUAUCACUUUUAUGAGGGAGAAUCCCAUUGGUUAGUGACGUCUCUGAUUAACAAAUAUAUUUUUUAUAACAAUUCAAAUGAGUAAUUUCAUAAACUAUGUUAGUCAAUUUUUCUUCACAUAGUUAUCUCUAUACUGAAUUUCUCUAUUUGAUCCUGCCAUGUGCUCCUUUUUCCUAUCGUUCUAUAACAAACUAAUAUCAAUCUCUGCCUUUUCUAACGAUUUCUUCCUUGGUCUUUUUUCUUACUAUUAACUUCUUUUUCGGUAAUCUGUAAUCAUUCAUUCCGCAGACGUUCCCCAGUCACCAAAUUUGUUGUGCCCUUAAUAUCUGGGUAAUUGAUGGUUGAUUUUAACUUGAAUAUCUACAUUUUUAUUUGUAAAUUAUCAAAUUGGGCUACUUUUUUUAAACUAAAUUCUUCUCCAUUGUCCACUUUUAUUGAAACAUGACUUGUUGGUCAUUCUGAAGUACCCUCCAUAACUAAGAAAUUUGAUUAAAACCUUAAUAGACAUUCAAUUUAUAGUUUGAGUAUAUCUUGUUUACCAAAAGCUGAAAAUUUAAAUAAUGUUAUGAAGUAAGUCCGUCUCUGAACAGUUGUCAUCUUAAUGGUUUAUAAAUUCAACAAAUAAACUUCUGACCACACUUCGUUGGUAGAUUGUUUUUAUUAUCUCCAGUUUAUUUAACAGUAUGAGUUGUAUGUUGAUUAAUAUUUAAAGUUUACAGUGAUUGCGACUUUUAACGAUAAUUCCCGCAUGUUUAUAUGUACUGUUUUGAAGUGUACAGUUUUCAGAUUACAUACAUAUGUGACAUGUGUUAAGUGUGAAUUAACAGUAAACAUUCUCCAAUCUGUUGCAUAUAAUUUAUGCGUUUGUCACCCAUAAAGUGAUCCACGGUUAGUUUUAUUGAAUACAUUCGGAAAAAAUUGAGUUUUAUCAGAUUCCAGUAAGAUGUUUUUUCUUGUAUUUUCAUUACUAUGUAUAUUGAAAGAUACAGUUGCGAUUGACAGUUUGAAAGUGGCUUUUCAAUGGAAGCAAAUCGAUUAUGAUUUUCCAAGUCCCGAAGCGAAAUGGGAUGCUACAAACAAAAGACAAUAUAUUCCAGAAAAUAAUUUACCUUUAGGAUUAGAAGUAUACGGAGAUAGGAUAUUUAUUACAUUACCAAGGUGGAAAGAAGGAGUGGCUGCGUCGUUAACAUACAUUAAAAUGACGGAUAAUCCAGUUUCUCCAUUGCUUCGUCCGUAUCCAGACUGGGAAACACAUAAUCAAGACGUUGAAAUUCCUGGUAUAGUAUCAGCUUUCAGGAUACGAGCCGACAGCUGCGGUCGUUUAUGGGUCAUAGAUUCAGGUUAUAAAAAUAUGUUGGAUCAAACAAUAGCUAAGAAAGUAACGCCAAAACUUUUGAUUUUUGAUUUAACAACAGACAAGCUUAUCCGCACUUACGAAAUACCUAAAGAUCAAUGGCAUACCGAGGAUAGUUUUUUUGCAAAUAUUGCGGUAGACGAAAAAAAUUGUGAUGACAGUUUUACGUAUUUGGCAGAUUUAGGACAUCCAGCUUUAGUGGUUUACGAUUAUAAACAAAAUAAAUCUUGGAUGAUACAACAUCACUACUUCAACAUCGAUCCUUUAGCAGGGAAAAUGAACGUUUCAGGGAUAUCUUUCCAAUGGGAAGACGGAUUAUUCGGUCUAGCCCUUUCUGAAAAAGACUCUGAAGGAUACAGCACCCUGUACUUCCAUCCAAUGACCAGUUUUAACGAAUUCAAAGUGAGCACGAAAAUAUUAACGAACGAAGAAUUAGUUAAAAACUCGACAGCUAUCUUCGGAGAAUUCAAACUACUUGGUUCUAGAGGACCUAAAGCACAAAGUGGUGUAUCAUUUUUACACAAGAAGACCGGAGUUUUAUUUUACGCAUUAAUCAAUCUAAACGCUGUCGCUUGUUGGAGAACUUCCCUUAAAAAUUACACAAUGGAAUCUCAAGGCAGGGUGUUCAUGAGCAAUGAACUCAUGGUGUUUCCUAAUGAUAUUAAAGUAGACGCUAAUGACACCAUAUGGGUUCUUUCCGAUAAACUUCCCAUAUUUAUGUAUAAACAUCUGAAUUAUCGAGAAUAUAAUUUCAGGAUUUUGAAAUCUUCUGUUAAAGAAGCUAUAACUGGUACUACGUGCGAUUCGACAUUUAAAAUCGAUCACCAUAUAAUGAAAAAUAUCACAUUAGCUAAUAAAUCAAAAUUGAAUAUAACAGGUAAUAACACCAACCGAGGUAGUAGAACAAACACUGGUUUUUUCUCAAGAAGCGAAUCCGUUUUGUUGACGUUAGUUAUUUUAAUUUUAAUAUCUAUUAGGUAGGUACUUAAACAAUGUGUUUGGACUUGACGAAAAUUGUUCGGAAAUGACGUUCAACCAUUUACAAUUGUACAUAAUCCAACAGCUUUGCCAUUCGUCCCAUUUAUAUAUUUAUAUUCGAUCGUUGCAGGUCGAUUUCUACGGAUUUUGUAUAUUUCCUUUUCCUGUUUUCAUAGCUAGAUCCUCAGUUUUUAUUUUGUUAGGGCCCUUCUAUACCAUUUUGAAAAGCUACAUGCUACAAUAAUUUGCUUGUAUCUCAUAGCUCUCAUUCGAACACGGUGGAAACCAGGUGCUGAGAAUUUAUUGUCUGCAGUACCAAUCGAAACGUCAUAGUCUAGAAUUUCAUUCAUAUCAUCCUCGUGAUUAUCAGUCUCUUCGCAAUCAUCUUUGUUCAUCAUAUGAUUGCUCCAAAAUUGUCUCCUGAUUAGACGAAAGAUUAUGCAGAUCGGUAUUAUGGUAACCAUCAUGUUAGUCAUAUCCCUCUGACUGCAAUUUCAGUUUCACUAUCUGCAAUUCCACGAUUUUAAUGAUCAGUUUCGGAAUCGCAUUUCUAUCUCAAAUUUUUUUGACUCUUCUAUGUCAUCGGAUAAAUCUAAAUUUGGUCUCAAAUCUAUUUUGCACGCAAUUGAAUUCAAUUAUGUGAAACCGAUUUUCCUUUCAGAUUAUUCGCUAAACGGUCUCUGCGCUUCUGAAUCUUAGUAUCUGUACUUUUUGAAAUAGCGCAGCAAUUUCUUGGUAGUAGAGAAUAGGGAACAUCUAAAGAUUAGUGUGUAUAAUAAACCUACAGAUUUUUUGCGCGAAUAAUGAAGGGUAAAGGUUAAGGUUCGUCUUGUGCAGUAUGUUGUUGGACUAGAUCUAAUUGUUUCCAAUAAAGAUCUGCGGUAACAGUUUGUCCAAUUACAGUAUUUCGAAACUCCAGUGAUCAAUUGUAUGGUGCAGUCGAGGUAAUAAUUAAUUUUUCUAUUUGUUUAUUGUUGAUUUUAUGAUUAUUCUAAUUGAUAAUUAGUUUUUGAAUGAGGUAAAAAGAUUGACAUUUCGACUAUUUUACUUUUCAUCAAAAUGUACGAGGUCUGGCUAUUAAAUAACGAGACUGCGCGUCUAGAGGGCGCCCUAGACGGGUGUCUAGAUGUCUUGUCUAUGCACGUCGUAAAACACGUAUCAAUCUCAAAUUUCUCGUUAAAUUUGAAAAAAGCUCCGACUAGGUGCUAUAAAUUGUUGAAAGAAGCCUUCCAGCAUUUGAAUGUAGAAUAAUUUUUAUAAUAAAACCCUUUUUCGUAGCGAGUCUCGUUAUUCAAUAGCCAGACCUCGUAUUGCCUUUAGGUGUUUUGUAAUUGAAAAUUAGUUUUUGAAAAAGUUAAAAAUAUUGAUGUUUCGACUUAUUUCAGUCUUUAUCGAAAGAUUUCGAUCUUUUGUUCUUACAGGCUGAACUAGAAAAAGUAUUAAAGGUUGAAGCAGCUCUAAACAUUUGAACUUACAACACGAAUAAUUUGGUUUUAUAUAAAACUAAUUUCGUAAAUAAUUUUUUUACAGUUUAAACAUUUGCUAUGUGCUUGUACCAUAAUUUUUUAGAAUCUAUGAAACGAUCAACUUUUAUUUAUUUGUUGAGUGAAGAUUUAUUUAUUUUAUAAAAAUCGCUCAAACUUUUAUGUUUAUUAAAUAUUAUUUAUGUGCCACAAAAUGUUUAUAAAAAUUGUUACUAUGAAUUAAAAUUUAUGAAAAUUUG